AUGUAAAAUAAAGAAAUCAGUUUUGAAGAUUCCUUAAGACAAUCAUAGUUGCCUUAAUAAUAAAAAUAAAGUAAAAAGAAAACUAGCAAGCAAGAUAAACAAGUCAAAUUCACAGGUAUAUGAAGGUCUCUAUCAUUAAUAGAUGAGGAAAUCAAAAUUAUAGAAAUGCUAACUCCAUAAGUCAAACAAUAAUAAUAAGCAAUUAAAAUAGCUAAUGGGAAACUGGACUUUCUUUUUGAUGGGUCCAGAGAUGUUAACUUAGUCAAACCAUAUCAUGAGGAUGGAGACGAAAAUAUGUAUUCAAAGGAGAAUAUUACAAAGAGAAGAAAACUUAAAAGCGAUCCUGAAGUAGUGUAAAGUAUUGAAGCCUUUAUGUCGCAUUACUAAUUCGAUAUUAAUAACAAAUUAAUCAAGGAAAAUUAUUUAAAAACUCAUAUAAGAUUGGCAUAUUUAUUAAGAAAGGAUGUCGAAGAGGACAAGGAGGAGAUUAAAUUUUUGUUGCUUGAGGAUUGGUAUUUUGUUAUUAUAAUGAAGGGAGCAUGAUUCGAAAGGAAAUGGUUUUAUGACAAAAGCUGAGUUAUUUGAUUCUUUAUUUGAAUUAGUGGAUACAUGGACUCCAGAUGCUGAAAAGUCUGAGUACAUUGGGUUUUUCGAGUUGUUGGAAUAGAAAUAUAAAAGACAACAAGACGAAAGUACUUUUACUAUUUAUUUAUUAGAAUUUGAAUAGUUGUACUAUGAAAUAAUGGAAAGUUGA